CUCACGUGACUCGCUCGAAUCCGGGUUCGAGGCCUCCUGGCGGGAUGGUCGGGGUCGGGGGCGGAGCUCAGAGCGGAACUGCGCGACUAGAGCACAGUACUUGAGGUGCAGAGCUCAGGCGGCUAGUUCCGGGAGCACUCCUAGUGCGCUCCGGGAAGCAUAUCUUGACAGAAUGGUAGUUCAGAGGACUGUCAAAAAUGUUUCCUUAAUACGCUGCUGCUAAAUAUAGUCAGAACAGUGGUUCCCUUAGCAGCCCGGUGCAGGCCUCCUUCCUGUGCCAGACCGGGUAUUUAACCCUGAGUCAUCCUCUGUCGGUAAAUAAGGGCAGUUUUCUCAGAGAACACAGCCUUUGCGGAGAGUCUCCACGUGAGGAGCCCAAGUUCAAGAUUGAAAAGUAGCAUGGAUCUGCCUGUGGAUGAAUGGAAAGCCUACGUACUUCAGAAGUGGUCGUUACUCCCAAAGUCGGCUCAGGUCGCAGUUUCUACCGCAGAGACUUUGAGCGAAAUCUUCUUUCAUUCUUCUUCGUUUCUUCAAUCCGAAGAUGAGAAGUUCUUAAAAAGACUCUCUCAAGGUUACUUGGUGGGAAAGGAUCCCAAGGCUCCCUGUUUCUACAGAGAAGAAGGAAACAAAAAAUUCCAGGAGAAGAAUUACAGUGAAGCCGCAGUGCUGUACUCUAAGGGAGUUUCACAUUCAAGGCCUAACACUGAGGACAUUUCCCUGUGCUAUGCUAAUCGCUCUGCAGCCCUCUUCCGUCUGGGUCAGUAUGAAACCUGUCUCAACGAUAUCAUCAGGGCACUGACGCAUGGAUAUCCAGAAAGACUGCGACCCAAGCUGUUGUUGCGUAAGGCAGAAUGCCUGGUGACCCUCAGAAGAUUGAAGGAGGCAAGCCAAACUAUCAGUGAUCUUGAAAGUAAUUUCACUGCCAAGCCAAGCCCAGCAGCUUCCCCUUUUCAAAUUCUGCAGGAAAAUCUCUGCUGUCUGAAAAUGAAGAUACAAGGAAAGGAGAACCUCCCAGAAACCUUCCCCAUGACUUUAACCAAAGACUUCGAGGGUGUGGACCUAACAGAAGAGAAUGAAGAAAUUUCCAGUGCAUCGUCAUCUGUGUGCUUAUGCACAGACCCUUUAAAAGGCCGCUGUCUGAUUGCCACAAAAGACAUUGUCCCAGGAGAGCUCCUAGUGAAGGAGGAUGCUUUUGUGAGUGUCCUCAACCCGGGAAAAAUGCCACCACUGCCUCAGGGCUUAGAGAGCAGGUGGGAUACCAGAGUUACCAAUGGGGACCUCUACUGUCACAAAUGUUUGCAGCAUACUUUGGCCAUGGUUCCUUGCCAUGGAUGCAGCUAUGCCAAGUAUUGCAGCCAAGAGUGUAUGCAGCAGGCCUGGGAGCUGUAUCACAGCAUAGAGUGCUCUCUAGGAGGGCUGCUCCUCACGCUGGGUGUGUUUUGCCACGUUGCCCUGAGGUUGACUCUCUUGGCUAGAUUCGAAGAUGUGCACAAAGUUGUAAGGAGGAUUUGUGAUGAGAUUAAUAACAAAGACGUAUGUUUACCUGAAAGCAAGAGUCUGGUCGAGACAUUCAACUACUGCCAGGGAGAAAGAGAGGAAAUUGGCGAAGUAGUUCAGACCCAAAUUCCUGGAUGUAAUCUUAAUGGGAAGUAUGAAAAUAAUUAUAAUGCUGUCUUCAGCCUUUUGGCCCAUACUGAAAACCAUAGCCCAGAGCAUAAGUUUCUGUGUGCUCUCAGUGUCUCUGCCCUGUGUAGGCAACUUGAAGCAGCCAGCCCACCUGCCCUCACCACGGGUCUGAAAGCAGCAGUGACUCCUGAAUUGUGUGCGGAUUUGAACGUUUGGGCAGUGGCCAUGCUGCGACACUUGUUACAGCUGCAGUGCAAUGCUCAGGCGAUAACCACCAUACAGCACACAGGAUCUAAAGAGAGCAUGAUUGCUGACAGCGGGCAGGUACGCCUUGCCACAGGCAUCUUCCCUGUUGUGAGCCUCCUCAACCACUCCUGCAGCCCCAAUACCAGCGUGUCCUUCACUGGCACUGUCGCCACCAUUCGGGCAGCGCAGCAGAUUAAAAAAGGACAGGAAAUUUUCCACUGCUAUGGGCCUCACGAGAGCCGGAUGAGUGGUGCUGAAAGGCAACAGAAGCUGAGAUCUCAGUACUUCUUUGACUGCAGCUGUCCAGCUUGUCAUUGUGAGGAGCCCAGAGCAGCUGCAGGGCCCAGGUGGGAAGCAUUCCGUUGUAACAGUUGCAGAGCACUCCUGCAGGGAGAUGAUGUCCUGAGCUGUGGGAACAGAGCUUGCCCAGAAUCCAUCAGCAGGAAUCAUCUGGCCUCUCAGGUACAGGACCUUCAGCAGCAGGUUGAGAUGGGUUGGAAGCUUCUCAGAAAUGGCAAACUUGAGCAAGCCAUUAUGUGGUUGUUGAGGUGCCGGGAAGAUGCUGAGAGCUUCCUGUCGGCAGAGCAUGCUGUGGUAGGGGAAAUUGAGGAUCACCUGGCCCGGGCCUACGCUGCCCUAGGGGAUUGGAAAAAGUCAGCUACCCAUCUACAGAAGAGUCUCCAAGUGGUUGAGGUGCACCACGGGUCAUCCAGUGUUGAAAUGGGCCAUGAGCUCUUCAAACUAGCCCAAGUGUUGUUCAACGGAUUUGCAGUGCCCGAAGCUCUGAAUGCCAUACAGAAAGCAGAAGAGGUCCUGUUGGUGCACAGUGGCCCUGAGAGUGGUGAGAUCCAGGAGCUUCAGAAGAUGAGGUCCUGUUUACUGGGCUUGCCACCCAUCACCGGGGUGUCCCCAAGGGAUUUUGCCCCAUAGGAAAGGAGCCAUGACAGAUGGGUCAAAAAGGACCUGAUGCCACUGAGCUGUCAUUAGAAAAGACAGGACUCAUCUGAAGGACUUGGCCCUAACGUAUAGGCAGAAAGAGACACACAUACUUUGAUGGAUAUUUCAAAAAUAGCUCAUUUUCCUCU